AGGAGUGGUCUUCUUGGAAGGGUGUCUUAGGAGCCACACACUUUGCUGCCCCAAGAAACGCGCAAGGAUCACUUAGAAGUUAGAGGAAAGGGAGCAGUGAUUGUGUGAGAAAAGACAGGACUUAGUGGAGUUUGUACAUUUUCAUUAAGCAUCAUCUCUCCGAUAGCAGACCACUGCCUUGCACGACUACUCCUCACAAGUGGGGAUUCACGCAGUAACAGGCGCUCUGACAUUAGGCAGACACCAACAGAGCGCUGUUUGUUAUUUGUUACCGUGUUUUUCUUUCCUUAGACUCGGGAAAAGUAACAUAUUUUUAAAUGCAACGCUGUUUGAUAUCCUGUGAGAAAACGAUGGCAGCAGAGACGAGGAACGGCGGGAGUUCACUGAACAACAAUAACUGUAAAGACAACAGCAGGAGAAAGUUGCUGGUCGGAGUGGAUCUGUUCUGCUUGUUCCUCGUGCUGCUUGUUGCUGUGUUUUUGCAUAAAUCUCCCUUCCCGCCUUACCGGAGAGGGUUCUUCUGUGAUGACAGCACCAUCAGGCUUCCCUAUAAGGGCAGCACAGUGUCCAACACCGUUCUUGCCGCCGUGGGCUUCACUGUGCCCGUGGCCUCAAUCAUCAUUGGAGAGAGCUACAGGAUUCACUUUCUGAACGAGGGGUCCAAGUCUUUUGUGGGGAACCCCUACAUUUCUGCCUUCUACAAGCAGGUGGGAGUGUUCAUCUUCGGCUGUGCCAUCAGCCAGUCCUUCACCGACAUUGCCAAGGUGUCGGUGGGUCGCCUGCGUCCCCACUUCCUCGAUGUGUGCAAGCCGGACUUCUCCACCAUUAAUUGUUCCUUGGGCUACAUCACUGACUACCAGUGUCAGGGCUCAGAGAGCAAAGUUCAGGAGGCAAGAAAGUCUUUCUUCUCUGGACAUGCAUCUUUCUCCAUGUACACGAUGCUUUAUCUGGUGUUUUACCUGCAGUCUCGUUUCACUUGGCAUGGUGCCCGCCUGCUGCGCCCCCUGACCCAGUUCACGCUCAUUAUGAUGUCUUUCUAUACCGGCUUGUCCCGUGUCUCCGACCACAAGCACCACCCCACUGAUGUCCUGGCAGGUUUUGCACAGGGAGCCCUGGUGGCCUACUGCAUAGUUUUCUUUGUAUCAGACUUGUUCAAACCCAAAGGCAGACGUUCCACUAUAUUGCCAACUCCAGUCAAGAAAGAUCUCAUUCCUUCAGCGGACAUGAGAGAACGGAGCAACCAUCUCAUCAUGGCAUAAAGUAGAACUGCAUACUGUAUAUAUCCUGACCUGUGCCAUUUGAAUCACUGCUACACCCACUGACCGAGACUGGAUGAGCUCCAGAGAGCAGGAGGGAGGACGGCAGAAGGCAUGAACGCACAUGAGCAGGUUUCACAAUCUCAAUGGAAAUGUUCAUUUUUAUUCUCAGACAUUUUAAUGUGGAAAAGAGAGGAUGCUUCUCCUCUUGUAUUUUUUAACUCCAGGAAUAUCUGUCCCUCUACUGCAGUUGCUAUGAAAUCCGUCGUGGAGAUUCUCCUAAUUGCAGAUGUCCAGUCUAGGUUAAUCCAUGGACAAGUCUGAAACAUAAUGAGGUGUGAAGCUGCCCAUGCGUCUCGCAACAACUGCAGCCAACAUGGAGGUUGCACUAAAAUUACCACCACUCACUCACUGUGCGUCUGAUACGUCAAAAUCAUGAACGACAGAACAAAUUCCUUGAUUUCAGGAAGGAUGUUUCCUUUUGUUUUAUUUUUGGUUUUAUUAAGAUAAGUAAGCAUUUUAUGUUUGAUUUAUAGCACUAUUUUAUCCAAACUCAGUACUGAUUGUCACCACUUGAAUGACCUUAAAGUGAAGCUUUUGGAAAGCUUUGUAAGCAGUCCUCUUGUAUUUAGUCUGUCCACAAUGUAGUUUAGCGUAGAAAAUACAUAGAGAAGUUACAGUAGGUGGGGGAAAAAACAGUGAGGGCGUAUAUGUUGGAUGAGGGCCUCUUUCUGCUGGCUAGGACGAGCCCCCACUGAGCCAUUUAAUGAAAUAACUGUCUGUUAUAUGUACCAGACGGGUGCUCACAAGUGUUAGGUGAGAGUGACUGCUUGUGUGUGUGUCUGUGUGAGUGCUUGUGUGUGUGUGGAUUUGCAGACAUAUGUGAGUGUGUGUGUGUGGGUUUGGGUGGGUACAUAGGCCUUUCUGUCCAUGUGCCAGUGUGUCUUAAUGUUGUGUCUAUGUUUCAGUGUUUUAAAGCCUGCAAGUGUGCCUUCCUUCAAACAGAGAUUGUGCACCUGCUCCAACAGACACAUAAACCCCAAGAGAGGAACACUGUGGAAAAUAGCUGAUCAUUAUUCUUAUACUGUUACUAAUCAUAUUGAUGAUUCUUUUCACUGAGAGAUCGCUGUGAUAUAUUCUACACAGCCACUUAUGUAGUCUCACCAUCAAGACAGGGACCUCCUGAAGCAGUGGUUGCCUAGCUUUUUUAAGUCAGUGCACAAUUUUGCAGAACAAUAAAAUGCCAAUGUAGCUUUCUGGCACGUUGAAAGACUGAUUCGCUCGACAAAGGCUUUGUUCAGACUGCAGGAAAAUCUGUUUUGUUUCUCAAAUCCGAUCUGGCAGUCAAUCUGUUGGACUGACUGACUGGAGUAAAACGGAAAGUCGCAACAUGGAAAUGCACACCUUAUAUGUGUCAAACCACAGUGCAGAAUUCAUCUCACAGCAGGCAAUAUCAGCAGUGAAGGAUAUAUGGUCGGGUUUCCAUUUUUUAUUCUCAUACUCCGUACUUGAUAACACUGUUGUGCAUCGUGUUGCAAGAGACACUAAGGACAGUCUGAAGUAGCCAGAGCGGUCAGAUUGAGACACAUCAGUAGAAAUCAAUCUACGUACACAUCGGACAUAAGCUGAGUUGCGAGCUUCUAAGUUUUUUGUUCAAUAUGUCUCCAUUCUGAAUAAAUGGCAAAAAUCAGAUUUAGGCUGAUAGUCUGAACAAGGCCUGUCUGACAAAGAUUUGUAUGACAAUACAAGAGGUCUUGCAAUGAGUUGCUACUUUAUUGUGUCUGAAAAAUUAUUCAGUUCAUUGUUUGCAUGAAAUCAUCAUUCUCAUCCUUUCAGCAAAAUCUUGGAAGGCCUGAGUAUCUCAUUGUGCUGGUUAAAAACCACUGCUCAAAAGCAUCUAGGCGCCAAGAUCAUCUCAACACAGUUGUAACUCAUGCAGACAAAAGAUGGUCUUAGUUUGAAGAUGCUCACAAGGGAACCUAGCCCUGCUCUUUCUCCAUAACUGUCAUAGAAAUUUAUAUACAGCAUCCGUGAACUCUGUGUGCUACAAUAUCAUUUACAAUACUGUAUCAUGUAUAUCUAUCUCUUGAAGAAAUGUCCACUAUGACUUCAAUGUGUUUGAGACCUGUGUAAAUGUCAAACGUGCUGCUUGAAGAGGCAAUGCUUGGCAGAUGUCAUGCAGUGAAGUGACAACUUGUGAAUAUUAAAUGUUUUAUGAAGAAAAAAAAAGUUCUCAAGGCAAACAGCUCCAUUACAUUUUUAUUAAAAAAAUGUCUUUCAGUAUUUUUGUAUUGUCUUGUGUGAAGUUUUGUACAAUGAACAUGUAAGACAUGUAUCAAAGAUGAAGUGUCGUAAUAAAACUUAAAAGAUGAAGACCA